GAGAAACCUAAACCUCUCUCUCACACACACCCACAGUCACACCACCGUGCCGGACCGUGCGGACAAACACAUGCUCAGGAUGGCGACAAAAAGAAUGAGAAAAUGCCACAAAACAUUAAAUGCUGCAUUUAUAUUCUGCCUUUUGACAGUUAGUUUUCAAGGUGUGAUAUGUGAAGAGGAGCACAACCGUGGGGACGGUGUUCUCCCCCAUCCAACAACAAAGGGGCAAGACAAAGGAGAUCCUCAAAUCCAGGUAUACCCCACCAUCUUACCCAAUUCAGAAACCACAAAGACACCAGGGGAUAGUGACACUACUCAGUCAACUCAACCCAUGAAAGAUCGCACCAACCAGCAGAACACACAGACCCCAGAUCAGACUCACUCUAAGGGAAAUGUGGUGUGUGUGGAUAAAAUACCAGAGCACUUCAAAUAUGAUGUCCUGCUGAAAUUAAAAGCCUCCUCCACAUGUGAAGAGACUAAAGCAAGAAUUCAAAGUGUUUUAGAGCAUCUCUGUGGUGAGGACUGCAAACUUGUAAUCUACCAGAAAGACAACACGGAUGAGAUCAUUGUUUAUGGAGACAGCAUUGAAGCUGAUCCUGAAGGAAUGGCAGGAAAGUUCAACAAUGACAAUAUCACAGACAAGGUUGAAGUAGAGGAGGCAGUGUCUCGCAUGGACCAGCACUCUAAAAUUGUCCUGAUCUCUCUGCUGACAACUGGUCUACUUCUUGCUGCUUUACUAAUCACUGGAUACCUCUUGAAGACUCAUCGAGGACAUUCGAAAGGGUUACGACUGGCUGAGGAGUCCUUCCAAGUGGAUCAAGAAAACCAAGGCAACACACUGCUGUCUGUGGCCCCCCUCCCUCAACAGGAGCCUGUGGACAAGCCCAGCAUCAAUGGACAGUCCUCUGAAUCUCCGCCUACAAAUGGACACUCUGCAAACCAGACACAGGUGGCUGAUACUCAGAUGUAAGAGGCCUGAAGUUCCCAUAAAUCCAAUCAUCAACAUGCAUCAAGGGUUAUAACAAAUUCAGGAAAUCUAGAUUUUCAUUAUGCAUGACUGAGAUUGUGAGUCAUUAAAAUGAUGGUAAGAAACUGAACAAUGAAGAUGACGAGAGUGAUGAAGAUUCCAUUAGUAAUGUGAAAUGACUGAUUGUUGCAUUACAGGCAAAGAGGUAAACGAAAUAUUACUUGCUAGCCAAGCUAUCAGGUUAGCUUACAGAAUCCACAUCCAUUACAUCCAGGAACAUCUACAAAUCAAAUAUUUAACACUUUACGCUGUUUUUACAACAACAGUGCCAAAAAUAUUUUGAGGUCUUUAAUGCAAAAAGAGAGUUGUGUUAUAUAGAAAAUAGUAGUCUAGCCCAGUGGUUUUCAACUGGUUUUGCUACAGAACCCAGAUUUGACAUUGGACAUCAAGAGUACACUACUUAAUAGAGUACAUUAUUAUUGUUAAACAUACAAAAGUAAACAAAAAUAAAAACUAAUUUAUGAUUUAUUCAUAUUAAAAGGAACUGCAUAAGCCAAACAUUAAGCAAUAAAACUUUUUUGGUUUCUAAAUUUUGGUUUCUAAAUGUCUCUUGAAUUUAUGCAACCCACUAGUUAGGAAUUCUUACAUCUACAACUGCUGCUCCACAUAGUAUGAUCAAGUGUGUUUGUAAUAUUUUCCCUUUUCCUAUAUAAAAAAAGGUAAUUUUGAACAGAAUUACUAUUUCAACAACUCUUUAAAUACAUUAAGGAGACUCUUACCAGCUAGCAUGAGUACGAUUCUGAGGGAAUUCAUUUGGGAAAGCCCUAUUUUUAGCUAACAACCUUGGGGGAUUCUCUAAUGGUGUCUUCUACUUUUUUAUUGUUCUAUGUUAGUUUUUUUUUUCUUUCUCUACCUUCUACCGAGAUUAAUUUCAGUAAUGUUGGCAUGCAAUUUUAUGCAAAGCGGCUUGUACGUUUAAGGUACAUUUUAUCAAUAUGUGUCAAGCAAACCCUGGCCUUGCCGUUUCUAGCACCAUGCUUUAUCAGUUGAGAUACAGGAACUGGAGAAAUAAUUAAAAAGCAUGUUUGGUGUAUUUACUUAUUAUUUACUCCCCCUCAUGGCAUCACAGAUGUGUAUAAAUGUAUUUCUUCUGCUGAACACAAUCUAAGAUAUAGAAGAAUAUUACAGCUCUGUAGGUCCAUACAAUGCAAGCAAAUGGUGGCCAGAACUUUUAGGUCCAAAAAGCAUAUAAAGGCACCAUGAAAGUAAUCUAAACGACUCCAGUGGUUAAAUCUGUAUCUUCAGAGGUGAUUUGAUAGGUGUGGGUGACAAAACAGAUCAAUAUUUAUAUAUCCUUUUUUAUUAUAAAUUCUCCUCCCUGCCCAGUAGUUGGCGAUUUGCACAAAGAAUGCAAAUUGCCAAAAACAGAAAAGGAAUAAAAUGGAAGUGAAAGUGGACAUUGAUUGUAAAAAAGGACUUAAAUAUUGAUCACCCCCACACCUAUCAUAUGGCAAUAGUUGCACUGAGCAGGUCUCUAAGUUGGAAAAAUUGUCUAAAUGAAGUUUAUUACAAAUUAAUGUUGAAAAAACAAAGGAACUGAUUUUAAAGAUUCAAAAACCCCUCUGGCAAAUUACAUUAUGUGGGCAGAUGGUGGACAUGGUUGAUUGUUUUAAGUACUUGGGGACCAUGAUUGACAGCAAACUAACUUUUUUUGAUAAUGUCAGUCUCAUUUGUAAAAAAGCAAAUAAGAGGUUAUUCUUGCUGCGGAAGUUGAGAGAGUUUGCUGUCAGCCAAGGUGUCCUGCAGAGUAUAUACCAGCCUAGUUGAGCGCAUUCUAGUGUUCAACAUAACAGUUUGGUACAGGCAACUAACUUUAGCAAAUAAAACAAAAUUGAGUAGGAUAGCUGGGGAAAUAGUGGGUGCCAAACCGAAAUUAUUGGAUGACAUAUACAAUAUGAUGGUACACAGAAAAGAUUGUCAAUCGCAAAUUACGUAACACAUCCUCUUAAUAAUGAAUUUCAGCUCCUUUCAUCAGGAUGGCGUUAUAGGACAGUUAAUUUAUUUAAAAAAUCCAUUGUUCCAUGUGCAAAAGGCCUCCUUAAUUAAAACAUAGAAGGCAAGAUUUUUCAAGGGUGCACUAUUGGCUUAACUUUUAAUUAUAUGAAUUGAUUUUUAUUUUUUUUACUGUAUCUAGUGCUUUUAGAAAUGUGAUGUUUUAGUGUGUAGUAAAUGUAGCUCUUUGUGUUUUUUGUCAAGACCAAAGAACAAUUUUCAGCCAUGGCUGGACAAUGAAGUGAACUAAACUAAUCAUAUUGCUUCUGAAGAUAUGGAUUUAACCUCUGGAGUCAUAUGGAUUACUUUUAUGAAGCCUUUAUAUGCUUUUUGGACCUUCAAAGGUAUCUCCAUAAUUUACUUGCAUUGUAUGGACCUACAGAGCUGAGAUAUUUUUCUAAAAAUCUUUGUUUGUGUUCAGAAAAAGUAAGAAAGUCAUACGCAUCUGGGUUGGAAUAAGGGUGAGUAAAUAAUGAGAUAAUUAAAAUUUUUAGGUGAACUAUCUCUUUAAUUGAUAAUGCAAGCUGCUAAAUUCCUAAAGUGUCAGAUCCCACCCUGUAGUGUGCACAAAUUAAGCAUGUGUGCUUUGAAAUAGUAAUGAGAAUGGCUGGUGAAUCAGCACCUGAAACAGCGUGUGAUAGUUGAUAAACCACUAAGGGCUGUUGUACAAGAUACCCCUAAAACAAAUGUAUUCCACCUUAAAUUUUUGUAAUUGCCUAUAUUUUUAUACAAAGUAUAUUUUGUUUUAUACCAUACCUUUUUUGUCUGGUGCAUAAUCUAAACAUUCAGUUACUUAUUGGGAAAAAAUUAGAUGGAAUUUAUGUAGGAUUGUUUUUUGUGCACUGUAUGUAGACGUUUAUUUCCACAAGUGAGUGAUUAUUUUGUUUUUCAUUGUUUUUUUUUUAUUGUUUCAUUUGAUAUAGAGGCCAAAUAUCUAAACUUCUAUAGAAUAAAACACAAUUUUCAUACAUUUUUAACAAAAUAUGAAUCAUUUGUUGUGGUAUCUGUAUCUGUUUGUUUACUGUAAUUAUCUUGACAUUCUGAUGAGUCUUCAAGUUAUGAAAGGUCUUUGAGGUGAAUACAUUUUAUUUUGUUUAUUUGUAUUUUGAUUAGAUGGUGAUAGAUAACAUCACUGCACUAUUGUGUAUUAUAUCAAAUAUAAACAUACAAUAUCUUGCUAAUUCACCAUUGCAUAUAAAAUAGCUUAACUUGCCACUUUAAAACUUUUUUUUUUUUUUAUCAUUUUACUUUGUGACUUAGGACUCUAUAUAAAUCGCUUUGUAUGGCUUUGUCACUGGACAAGUAAAUUUAGUCUUGACUGUAAAGAAAACACUAGAAGGCCAGAAGUAAAUUCCCUUGGGC